AUGCUUUUCCCGCUGUUCAUCGCCCUACUUCUGAACCCGUUCCAACCAAGCGAGGGUUCGCCGACCUUCCAAGAGAACCAUCGUGUCAACUACGUACCGAACUUCAUCGACGCAGGGAACGGCCCCCAGAUUGUGGCACCAGACACGCCAUACGUGGCAGCAGCGGGCCGAAACCAGCUGUACUUCAUCGACACCCGGUUCGAUCCUGAGACUGCGAAGCACAUCAAGGAGCAGAUUGAGUGGGCGAGUGUUUUGGCAGGCCCUGAAGACGUCAUCAAAAUUGACGAGAUUUCGGCUACGGCGGAAGUCAGAAAUAGUCGGACAAACAAAACACUGUUCGUCUUCGACCCCAGCUACGCCAGGGUGCUGUUUGCAAAAGGAAUCAACAAGCGUAACCCAGAGCUUCAAUUGCCUGAGCAUGAGCCCGCUGGCGAAUGGCUGGUGACCUACGAUAAUGUUAACCCGUUCACGAAGAGCAAAGGGUCAUGCUACGACUACGGCUGUAACACUCGCACAGAAUGUUAA